AUGGCUCCAACAAGAGAACUUACUCAUCAAAUUUAUGAAUAAUUCACUAAAUUCUCAGUUGGUUCUGGAUUAAAAGCUGCAUGUUUAUUUGGAGGUUAAGAAAAAUUUAUAUAAAAAAAUUAAUUGAAUUAACAUCCUCAUAUAUUAAUAGCAUGUCCAGGUAGAUUGAUUGAUUUAGUUGAAUCAGGAAGUACAACAUUAAAAGGUGUUACCUUUUUAGUAUUAGAUGAGGCAGAUAGAAUGUUAGAUAUGGGAUUUGAACCAUCAAUAAGAAAAAUAGUUGCUUAAACUAGAGCUGAAAGAUAAACAAUGCUAUUUUCAGCCACUUGGCCUAAAGAAGUCUAAUCAUUAGCUUUAGAUUUCUGUACACAAUAACCAAUACAUAUAUAGAUUGGAAGUCUAGAUCUGACUAGCAAUAGAUAAAUAUAAUAAAAAGUAGUCAUCUUAACAAAAGAAUAAAAAGAAGAUAAACUAAAAGAAAUAUUAAAAUCUUUGGGUACUAGAAAGAUCAUCAUUUUCUGUUAGACAAAGAUUAAAUGUGAUUAAUUACAACUUUAUUUGAUUUAAGAUGGAUUAAGAUGUAAAUCAUUGCAUGGAGAUAAGAGACAAUCAGAAAGAGAUUUUGUAAUGAAUAGUUUCAAAAGAGGAGAUACUACAGUAUUGGUGGCAACAGAUGUAGCAUCUAGAGGAUUGGAUAUUAAGGAUAUUGAAUUUGUAAUUAAUUUUGAUAUGCCAAAAUUGAUUGAAGAUUAUGUACAUAGAAUUGGCAGAACAGGUAUUAAUAUUUAAUUAAUUAUAUUAUUAUAGGUAGAGCAGGAGCAUAAGGUGUAUCUAUUUCAUUAUUUGAUUCCUUUGAAGAUGUCAAAUUAGCAGGUGAUUUAGUUGGAGUACUUAGAGAAUCAUAAAAUGAAGUACCAGGUGAGUUAUCUCGUUUAGCUAAUGUUAAUAAUUAAGGUUAUACAAAUUAUCGUAAGUGGAAUGCCCCUUCUGGUAAAAUCCAGUAUUGCAGUUGA